AUGCCUUUACCCAUUUUCAACGAGGCUACAACCUCUUUUAUAGUCCCACUUUGUCUUCUUACCAUCAACUUGAUUGAGUAUCUCUACUCAUGGGAUGCAAAGACGGCUGGAUUCAAUUGUCUUUUGAGCAUCUAUCUACUCGCUUCCUACUUUAGUGGUGACACAUCUCUCCAACAUGUCACUGAUAACGACACAAAAUCUACUCAAAUCUUGGAUCCAGGAAAACAAGCAAAACAAACACAGAAGAAGUAUUUCGCAAAGAUUAUGCUUGCAAUUCUGUCAUGUAUUGGCAUAUCAGUUCCGCUCAGGACACUUUCACUGAUUGCAAGUGACAUUUACUAUGGCGAUGGAUGUUCUGAAAUAAUCUAUGACAAGCCGCUCUGUACCUCCUUCUUUGGGCAGAGUGGCCCAGCCGGUUCAAUCACAUAUCGUUACCAGGGAUGGGGUUAUUGCGAUGUGUCAGCAGAGCGAGGUAUAAUCACAAAUGCUGUUAUAAAUCAUAUCAGUGAACGUGGAUCCAAGCUUUCCAGUACCGAGUGUUUGGACCUUGGUGAGCGUGACACCAACUAUCUUGUCAUCGGCCCAACCGACAGCUUUGAUUUUGGGAAAGUAUGUGGACCGAGACCAGUUCUAGACAGCUCUCCAUAA